UCUUGUGGGUGCCUCCCCCAACCCACAGCUCAGGUCUGCAGCUGGGUCCUGCCUCCUUCUGGGUGGGCCAUGGCUGGGACAUGGCUGCUGCUUCUCCUGGCCCUUGGGUGUCCAGCCCUGCCCACAGGUGUGGGCAGCACGCCCUUCCCAUCCUUGGCCCCACCAAUCACGCUCCUGGUGGAUGGGAAGCAGCAGAUGCUGGUGGUCUGCCUGGUCCUUGAUAUUGCACCCCCUGGCCUUCACAGCCCCAUCUGGUUCUCAGCUGGCAAUGGCAGUGCACUGGAUGCCUUCACCUACGGCCCUUCCCUAGCAACGGAUGGCACCUGGACUAGCUUGGCCCAGCUCUCCCUGCCCUCUGAGGAGCUGGCAGCAUGGGAGCCCCUGGUCUGCCACACUGGGCCUGGGCGCCACAGCAGGAGCACACAGCCCCUACAGCUGUCAGGAGAGGCUUCUACAGCCAGGACCUGCCCCCAGGAGCCUCUCAAAGGGAUGCCGGGCCAGGCGCUGCGGCUGGGGGCGCUGCGGGUGCUGCUCUUCAAGCUGCUGCUGUUUGACGUGCUCCUGACCUGCAGCCGCCUCCGCGCCUGCCCGCCGCAGUCUCCUGCCUCCGCGGCCGCCCGCCUGCGAGCCCUCCGCCCCCACCGGCGGCGCCCGGCCGCGGUGACCGAGGGACGGGAGGCCGCCGGCUCGCCCAGCCCGCUGUGGGCGCUGCAGCCCCGCGACCAUCGCGGCGAUCACACGCGUCCGGGUCGGCAGCCCAGGAGCUCAGUCUGGCAGGAGGGGACGUUCUUCACCACCCGAGCUUGGGGCUGGUGCUCGUGAUGCGCCCUCACUGCUCCUUCCUCAAGUCUGGGAGCAUUUUUUUGUACUUGACCUGCCUUCUCCUGCAGGCCGGAGCUUCCUGGGGGCUGGG